AUGAAUGACAAAAAAGGGUAUGUUGCUGCUGCAAGUGGGAAAUAUCCUAACUACUUGAAUGAUCGUGAGAUAUUUAUGAACUUUUUUAAAGAAUAUCGUGAUGCUAAUGGGAUUGUUAAGUAUCUUGACAAAGCUAACAAAAUAGCAGAGAGAACUACUAAAGUCUUUGUCAUAGAACUAGAUGACAUGUCUGCGUUUGGACAGCUUCAUCUAGCUCAACGUAUUCAAAUGAAUGUGUCUGGAUACAUGGAGGAGCUUUAUAGAGUCAUCGAUAAUUUUAUACCGCAGAAUGGACGUUUAGAUGACAUGAUCGAUCAGUUAUUAUUUGAAGCUCGAACUUCCGGCCAAGAUUUUCCUUCACUGUUGGCGCGUCGUUAUGAACUAGAUGUCGUGCCAUUAAGCGAUUUUUCAUCCCCUAUUUCACUGAGAAAUCUCAAAGGUGCUACAAUUGGUACGCUUACUGUUUUGCGUGGUAUAUGCAUAGCAGCAACUGCUAUUCGACCUAAAUUGGUUAUGCUGGUAUCUGUUUGUGAAGUUUGUGCCGAAACUACCUUUCAGCAAGUUAUUGGUGACCGCUUGACACCACAGCAGGUAUGCCAAUCGCAGCGGUGCAAAAUGGAAAAUGCAAUUGGUAGAUUGCUUCCCCAGUAUAAAGCAAGUAAAUUCAUAAAAUACCAAGAGUUGAGGGUGCAGGAACUUCCUCAGGAUGUACCGAGAGGUGCAAUACCGCGAACGAUUCGAGUAAUUUGUGAAGGUGAACAAACAAGGGUUGCUGGUCCUGGCCAAGUCAUUCGAAUCACUGGCACUUAUUGUCCAGAUCCAUCGACUGGUCAGGGCCACGAGGCAUUCCGAGCGUCAACAAUGGUCAAAACUCUCUAUCGAGCUAUGCAUAUUGAUUUGGAAAAACGUAGCUAUGAUGAGACAGCUGAGGAUCUACGAGGACAAAUAGAAAGUGCACAGAACUAUCCAGAUCGUGAAGCAGUGAUUGAAAAGUUGACGCGAAGCAUUGCACCAGAAAUAUGGGGAAUGGAGGAUGUGAAAAAGGCACUUUUAUGUCAAUUAAUCGGGGGUAGCUCGAUUAAAAAUGGCGUGCGUAUUCGAGGUGAUAUCAAUAUUCUUUUCAUGGGUGAUCCUGGUGUAGCGAAAAGCCAACUUUUGAAGUGGAUUGCAUCUGUGGCUCCCAGAUCUGUUUUUACUACAGGUAAAGGAAGUUCUGGUGUUGGUCUCACUGCAGCUGUCACUCGAGAUUUGCACACAGGUGAGAUUAUGCUUGAGGGGGGCGCUCUCGUACUUUCUGACAGAGGAGUUUGCUGUAUUGAUGAAUUUGACAAAAUGGAUGAAACGGAUAGGACAGCUUUACAUGAGGUUAUGGAACAGCAGAUUGUAUCCAUUGCCAAGGCUGGAAUUAUUACAUCCCUCAAUGCACGAACCUCCAUUUUGGCAGCUUCCAAUCCAAAGUACGGCAGAUGGCGCCGAAAUGCAACCCCCAGCGAAAAUGUCAACUUACCACCAGCUCUGCUCUCCCGCUUUGAUCUUCUGUGGCUUUUGUUAGAUGAAUCAACCCGUGAGCGUGAUACUGAACUUUCUAUGCACGUUACACAUGUUCAUCUCCACGGCGUAGCACCUGGAGCAACAUCGAGUGGCACAGUUCAGGUUUUAUCCACUGAAUAUUUUGGAAAGGAUUUUCUCCGUGCAUAUAUUGGUGAAGCAAAGCGAAUUCACCCUAUUGUAGAUCCUGUUGCUGCUAAAGCUAUGAGUGACAUAUAUUGCGAAAUGCGUGCUCAAGCUACACAUCGAAGCAAUGUGGUGACAGCGCGAACACUAUUAAGCCUUAUUCGACUUUCUCAAGCCAGCGCAAGGUUGCGUUUUUCUGAACGUGUUACAAAUGUGGACGUUCGUGAAGCAGGUCGGCUUCUUGAUUGUAGCAAAGCAUCUUUGCAGGAUCGUCCGACGUCUGAUGGAAGACGAACGGUGUCCACAUCAGACGCUUCCAUCUUUACUAUAAUCAAAGAGUUAGCAUAUGGGCGUUCUGCAAUUGAUCUUUCAGAAGUAAGACCGACUUUGAUGAUGAAAGGAAUAUCUGAGUCACACUUGCAAAGAUGCUUGCAGACGUAUUCUGAUGUUGGUGUCUGGAGCGUGACAGACCAUACGGUAGAGUUUUCUGAGCAAUGA